AUGGCUGAGAGUGUCCUAAAUACUCCGGACCUGAAGGAUCUGGAGGAAGAAGAAUUGUGGGAUCUUAUCAACGAUAACCGCCAUGCCAUCUCUCUUGGUGUCCGUCCCUGUGUUCUCAUCCCUUACCUGCGACAGGCACGGGUCCUCACAGACUUGGAUGAGGAUGAGAUUCUCACCUGUCUCAAUUUUACCAACCGCGGCAUGAAGACAAGUCACAUGAUUGACUUGUUACGUGUACAGGGUCAUAAUGGUGCAAUGGCUCUGCUUGAAAGUCUGAUGAUUCAUUACCCUGCUCUCUACACACGGAUUACCGGCCGCCAGCCCAGCAUUGAGCCUUCAGGCUUCAGCGGCCUGAUAAAUUACACUGAGUUGACAGAGUACCUGGUUCGUGCAGUAAGCAGUAUGCAGACAGAGCUACAUGUGGCACGGCAUGAGGCUGCGCGGCUGCAAGCCAGAUGUUGUGAGCUGCAGGGGAAACUGGACCAGGCCCAACAAAAUAAUAAAGAGCUCAGCCAGAUGCAGGGAGAGCAUGCACGACUGCGCAGUCACCUGGAUGGUUUAAACAGGGAACUGUUAAAACUGAAAGAUGAGAAAUGUGAUCUCUAUGUAAGAUAUACCACAGCUCUUGAGGAAAAGUCUGCAACUAUAGUACGCAACAGAGACCUGCAACUGGAGAUUUCCCAGCUGCAGCAUGAGUUAAAGAAGGCACAGAAAGAGACAGACUUUGAGAGGCGGCGUUCCUUGAAGAAUCCCAGUGAUACACAGAAGCUCAAAGAUGAGCUCAAUGCUGUACGCGCAAAGUUACUGGAGACUGAGACGUUGUUCCCAGUACAGCAGGAUAUACUGGCCCAUGAUUUAAAGGAGGUUGAGAACAGAAGUUCAGAACUUGCUGAGGAAGUCAGCAGGCUGAGUGAGGAGAAUAUACGACUCCAGCAAGAGAAAGAGGAGCUCCUAGAAGAGAAGGACUGUUUAGCCCUGGAGGUGGAGAAGUUGACUGUGGACUGUGAGAUGUAUCAGCACAGGAGUACACUGUUCCAUAAUCAGCUAGAAGAGGUGCAGGCAGAGAGAGACAAGGCGUAUUUGUCCCGAGAUGAGGCCCAGGCUCAGAUUGCACGUAGUCUCGCAGAGAAGGACGUGCUAAGAGGCCAACUCAUGGAGCUACAGGCGAGGGUUUUCGCCAUGAAAGCCUGUAGCAAGCAAAGAGAAAGAAGAGAAAAAUCCAUGGACAGGAAGUUCAGCUGCGACAUCAGCAGAGGUUUGUGCAGUGAGUUCCCUCCUUCCAGCCCGCCCUCAAGAAGACAGCUGUGCCGCUCGAAUGCAAUUCUUCCUGAGAGUUUCAACUCGUUUGACGCCUGUGAGUUCAAUGAUGUAGCAAUCUGCAGUAUCAGUUCCAAUCAAGUGGAGCCCCCCAGUUCUGAAUCCCUCCGCCGACGAGACUUUCCCUCCAGAAGUGACAUGGAAGACAUUUACACCAGUCAGGAUUCUCUCAACUCUGACCAUGAUUAUGUUUUCAUUUCUAAAGGAGAUAGUUUUGAUGAGUCAAAAUCACCAGCGUCACUUCCCUGUUCUACUAGCAGAAGGAGCCCUAAUGACAGUGUCUCAAGAGCAUCAGCUCCACCCUUCCUAAUGCGCUCCAGACCUCAGGCCCUGCGUAUCACUGGUCGCGUACUCGCUGUGUUUUUCCAGGGAGAAAUGAUAUUGAACGAAAUACAGGUCAUCGGGGGCAAUAAAACCGGUGUGUUUGUGCAUGAUGUGACCGAAGGAUCAUCUGCUCAUAACACUGGCAUCAGCCCUGGAUCUCAGAUACUUCAGCUGAAAUAUGAGCGGGAGCAGAGAGCUGUACGAAUGGUUCUAGAAGACACCACUAUGGAAGAGGCCCUGUGGGCUCUGGGGCAAGUCCAGGGACCAUGCCACAUUACACUGAGACCCAGCCAAGAUGCCUAUGAGAACCUGCUACAGCAGCUAAAGAAUGGUGAGGUGAUGUCGGGUGAUUCCUUCUACAUCCGCGUAAACAUGACAAUGCAGGAGGAUGUCGCUGGAACUCUCUCAGUCAAGUGUAACGACAUUGUCCAUGUGACAGACACUCACCAUUCCAUUGAUGGCUCCUGGUGGGCCAGUCACGUGCACCCUUGUCACUUGGAAGACCUGAAGAGUGGUACUCUGCCCAACUACUACAGAGCACAGAGGAUCUUAAUCAGGGCUCUAGAGGAUAUGACCUAUCCUCGCAAAGCACAAAGAAAGGAGAAAACCUUAUCUCAUGAGAAGCAGAGAACGGCAAGGAUCGUCAUCACCGGUCAGCAAAGCAGAAACCCACUGUGGGUCAGUGUGGAGGACAACAACACCACAACACAGGACAGUGAUGGCUGUGUGCCCAGCAGAUGUGUGACCCUAAUGCCCUACACCCUGGUCUCACCUCGUUUCCCACCCAUCUGCCGACCAGUCCUCCUCCUCCCCACAUUGCUUGGCCGUGUCUUGCACAAACAGUUGGCAGAACAGGAUGGUUAUCAGAUCUGUCAGCCAGAGUUGCUGAUGGCAAGUGAGCAUGCCAUUCAAAUGCAGAAGGGGGAGAUUCUUGAAGAGCGUGACUCGAAAACACAUCUUUGCUAUACGUUGCAGGGAGUGGAGAAGAUCAUGAAGCGGGGCACUCACUGUGUGUUACCGCUGGGUUUGGACUGUGUGCGUCGUCUCCACCGUGGCGAAAUCUUCCCCAUCAUCAUCUACAUCAUGUCUUCAGAGAGGAGUCUCCGCAAAUUGAGACACAAACUACGGCAGAAUGUUUUGACUGAGUCCCAGGUGCUAGAGUGUUCCUGCAGCGAGGAGCCCCUUCUGGAUAAACUGCCCUGCCUUUACCAGAGCAUUCCACCAGAGAGCUGGCAUGACAGUACCACCCUAAUUGACACUCUGAAAACUGUGGUGACAGAGGAGCAGCAAAAGAUUGUGUGGGUUGAGUCAGAUACCUGGUGAAAGAGUAACGGGAAUGAGAGCAUAAAUUCAAAAUACCCUCACCACAAUUUUAGAGUAUUAAGGCCAAUUUAACCACUGCUUAGGAUGUAGCCUGAUGUGCACCUCUCCAGAAAUGCUGUGAGAUGCUGUGAACCACAAACCUUCCCCUAGGAUGAUUUAAAAAAAAAAAAAAAAAAUCUGCAGUAGUUUCGCAUCCAUUGGGAAU